UCUUCUGGAUACCAUAUUCAAAGCUCUGAUUGGCCGAAGAUGAACUAGACGUCGACAGCAACAUGUCGAGGAAAGAAAUAUCGAGGUCGAAACUUUGAGUUUGUUAUUGUAUUUUUGUAGGCUAGGUUAACCUAAAAUCUAUGUAAAUGCUAUGACUGAUAGUUUUAUUUUGUAAUAAUUAUACUUUCAAUCAACAUAAAACUUUUAAUUACUUUUAAGUUAGUAAAUGUCAUUGAAUAUUUUUGAAUGAAUUUUCAAGAGGAAAUCAAAGUUGAAUCAAAAGGUAGUGCAAUAUGAUUUAUUCCAAAUAACCGUACUGAUGAGAUGCAUUUUUAGGUCAUUCCAUUCAUUUGAUAACAUUGAGGAUUACUUAUAAUAGAUAAUAAUAUUUAAGUGACAACUUUUUAAAAAUCUUGACAUCACCUAUUACUCAACUGACCAAUAAACAGGGUUUGCCAAUAUGAUUGUAUUCUUUAUUUUAUAAUAUAAGUCAUCGUAAUCUGUUCACUAACGGGCAUUUAAAAGGUUGAUGAAUCUUCCAACAUGGAACAAGAAGUAGUAUUCAUUAAACUGGAACCUGACAAUUUUGAUGAUUUACAAGAUAGUGACAAUGAUAGUGAAACAGACUUGUAUCAAGAUCCAGAUAGUUUGGACAUGACAGCAGCUGAGGAGCCCGUGGACUCAUCGUUUUCUCCAUUGAGUGCUGAGGAUUUAGUUUCAUGUGUUCUAAAUGGUGAAAUUAGUGACUCCACAUGGACAGUGGAAAAUUCAAAAAGUAAUGAGGAAUUAAUAAACGAAAACAUUGAAACAGUGGAUUUGGUCAUCAAAACAGAAGUCAUCGAUAGUGGAUUUAAUCAAAUUGAAACAGAAGAAAUUGAUGGCUUUGAUGUGACUGAUGAAGAGAAGAUCGUUAAUGAAAUAGUUGAUGGGAGGAAAAUGUGUACACUUUGUAAUAAAUCGUUUGCGACCAAGUUUUACAAACGUCACAUGCGUGCUCAUAAGCGGAAAAAGUUAUUGACGUGUAGUGUAUGUAAUAAUUAUAGUAGUUUGAGUAGUGUCGAAAUGGACGUGCAUAUGCGAAAACACUAUGGGCCUGCUUUUCGCUGCAGUGAAUGUGAGUACAUAUGUGACGAAUCUUUCAAACUCAAACGGCAUAUGGUGAUUCACACAAAGGAGGCUCCAUUCAAGUGUUCUCAGUGUGAGUAUUCUUGUUUCCAAAGUAAUAAACUCCAAUCCCACAUGUUGGUUCAUAGUGAUGAGGGAGUAUUCAAGUGUAAAUAUUGUAGCUUUAGUACUGUUGACCAUGCUAGUUUUCAACGUCAUACGAAAACGCACUCUCAUGAGAAAAAGUUUAGUUGCACUGAAUGUGGAUACAUUUGCUUUAGAAACUCGAAACUAAAACAGCACAUGUUAACUCACACUGGUGAAAAACCUUUUAAAUGUUGUGAAUGUGGUCAUGGUGCCACUCAAUUGGUUCAUCUCAAGCGACACAUGUUGACACAUAGCGAGAGAAAAAAUUAUCAGUGUACACUCUGCGAUUAUAGUACGUUCGAUUUUCAACAAUUCAAAGGUCAUAACACGAAAACGCACCAGAUAGGAGCGUUGCAUCAAUGUACAGUGUGCGAUUUCAGCAGUGCGCAGCUGUACAAACUGAAAAGGCAUAUGUUUAUACAUACGGGCGAAAAGCCUUACACAUGUGAACUGUGUCCUUACAGCUCUUCACAGAAGGCGCAUAUUAAGCGUCAUAUCAUGUUAAAACAUUCUGAUGAACGAAAACCUUGAGAUAAUUUUUUUUAACUUUCACAAAUAGAGAGCUAUUUUAAUUGUUAAUCAAAUAAAAAGGUUUUAUGAGUGUUGAAAUUAA